ACUACUGCCUACAGUGAGAACCGGCUAAAAGCUUCUACGAGUAGCAGCGAACCAAUACGAACGCGUAGAAGCAAAGCAUUACGAACAAUGUCGCAGUUCUGGAAGCCAGGCACCGAGAAGCCUCGUCUAGUCGACGACGAAGAAGGCGGAGUCCUCUUCCUCUCGGCUUCUGCUUCUUCCUCUUCCUCUUCCAGAUUCGGGUAUGCGAGUGUGGAGAAGCAGAGACAGAGGCUUCCUGUGUACAAGUACCGCACAGCCAUUCUCUACUUGGUUGAGACUCACGCCACUACCAUUAUUGUUGGCGAGACCGGUAGCGGCAAGACCACCCAGAUUCCUCAGUACCUCAAAGAAGCAGGUUGGGCUGAUGGUGGGCGGCUAAUAGCAUGCACUCAACCAAGACGAUUGGCUGUCCAGGCAGUUGCUGCAAGGGUGGCCGAAGAAAUGGGGGUCAAGCUUGGUGAGGAAGUUGGCUACACGAUUCGAUUUGAAGAUCUUAUGAAUCCAGGUACAACUAUGAUAAAGUUUCUAACAGAUGGGGUGUUACUGAGGGAAAUGAUGGAUGAUCCUCUUUUGACCAAGUAUAGUGUCAUAAUGGUAGAUGAGGCUCAUGAAAGGUCUAUUUCAACUGACAUAUUACUUGGUCUACUGAAAAAGAUUCAACGGCGUCGAUCUGACCUGCGUCUGAUUAUCUCCUCCGCUACAAUCGAAGCAAAAUCAAUGUCUACUUUCUUCCAAAUAAGGCGUCGAUCAUUGGAAGCUGCGGAGAGUGGACCAAGGAUGGAGCCUGCAAUACUUUCAGUUGAGGGUAGAGGCUUUAAUGUACAAAUUCAUUUUGUCGAGGAGCCUGUCCAGGACUAUAUUCGGUCUACUGUUUCAACAGUAUUGUCAAUCCAUGAUCAGGAACCCAUGGGUGAUAUUCUGGUAUUUCUUACUGGUCAAGAUGAUAUUGAUGCCUCUAUUCAGUUACUAAAUGAAGAAGCUCAAAGCAAUGGAAAGAACUCUUCAGGAUUGAUUGUUUUGCCUCUGUACUCCGGGCUUCCGCGGGCGGAACAGGAGCUGAUUUUUUCUCCAACUCCUAGAGGGAAGAGGAAAGUAGUGAUAUCAACAAAUAUAGCAGAGACAUCGUUGACUUUGGAGGGCAUUGUCUAUGUUGUUGAUAGUGGAUUCUCAAAACAGCGAUUCUACAAUCCGAUUUCAGAUAUUGAGAAUCUGGUGGUGGCACCUAUAUCCAAGGCAUCUGCUAGACAAAGGGCUGGUAGGGCUGGAAGAGUUCGACCUGGGAAGUGUUACAGGCUAUAUACUGAAGAGUAUUUUGUCAAUGAAAUGUCUGCGGAGGGUAUUCCGGAGAUGCAAAGAUCAAACCUUGUCUCCUGUGUGAUUCAGUUAAAAGCAUUGGGCAUAGAUAAUAUCCUGGGCUUUGAUUGGCCGGCAUCUCCAUCUCCUGAAGCAAUGAUUCGAGCACUUGAAAUACUUUAUUCACUUGGAGUCUUGGAUGAUGAUGCCAAACUUACUUCACCAGCUGGAUUUCAAGUAGCAGAGAUUCCAUUAGAACCAAUGGUCUCGAAAAUGAUCAUUUCUUCGAGCGAACUUGGGUGUUCAGAGGAGAUUAUUACUAUUGCUGCUACUCUCUCAGUCCAAUCCAUUUGGGUGCCUGGGAGGGGAGUGAAAAAGGAUAUGGAUGAAGCCAAGUUGAGAUUUGCUGCUUCUGAGGGUGACCAUGUGACAUUCCUAAAUGUUUACAAAGGGUUUCUUCAAUCUGGCAAAUCUUCUCAAUGGUGUCAUAAGAACUAUUUGAACUACCAAGCCAUGAAAAAGGUUAUUGAAAUUAGAGAACAACUCAGAAGAAUAACACAGAGAUUAGGCAUAGUCCUGAAAUCUUGUGAAAGAGAUAUGCAGGUGGUAAGAAAGGCAGUUACUGCUGGCUUUUUUGCUAAUGCGUGUCGUUUAGAAGCAUUCACUCACAAUGGGAUGUACAAGACUGUCAGAGGGUCUCAAGAAGUGUAUAUUCACCCAUCAUCUGUGUUAUUCAGAGUUAACCCAAAAUGGAUUAUAUACCAUUCCCUUGUCUCAACUGAUCGGCAGUACAUGCGCAAUGUGAUCUCCAUAGAUCCCUCUUGGCUAAUGGAGGCUGCUCCACAUUUUUACCAGCACCAUCGUCAUAAUGCUACUGCCCACUGAUCUUGCUGUUGGGGGAAGCAAAUCGUGGGGCCUAGAUCAGUUAGCCUAGGAAUUUUCUUGUAAUUAUAUGUAUUAAUCUUGAGAACUGUGCAGUCAUGGAUGAGCUGCCUGCAUUGUUUUUUUUCUCUUGCUGAAAUAUUGGAUAGGAAAUUUUGGGCUGGUUGAUGCCUUCGCAGUUGGCUGUACUCAUUUGACGCGCUCAAGUUAUUUUUUUAAUAGUUUUUUCAUUAAUAUUCUUGUUUAUGCAGCAAUCAUAUUUUCAA